AUGGAACACUGGAUCAGCAGGAGCAGUGGGGUAGGGACGCUGGGCGCGGACGGCCAUUGGAGCGGCCGACCAGAGAAAGAGGGGGAGGAGAUAAAAGUGCAGCGCUGGCCUCCAUCAAAAAUAAAAUAUCCACGAUCGGUUUUCUUCAUUGUGAGCAAUGAGUUCUGUGAAAGGUUCACAUACUAUGGAAUGCGAACUGUUCUUUCAAUAUAUCUCAGGAACAUUUUGGGAUAUACAGAUGAAGUUUCAACAAUUAUUUAUCACACGUAUACUAUGUUAUGUUAUUUCUUUCCAAUAUUUGGAGGAAUUUUAGCUGACAGCUUUUUAGGCAAGUUCAGGACUAUACUGUAUUUGUCGAUAGUGUAUGCUAUAGGGUCCAUAGUGCUGUCUUUGGCCGCUGCAGAUGAUGCUAUUCCGGGGAUGCCCUCACAGGCCAUAAGCAUGUUAGGACUCUUUCUCAUUUCCGUGGGAACUGGAGGCAUAAAGCCGUGCGUUUCUGCUUUCGGAGGAGACCAGUUCGUGCUUCCGGAACAAGAGAAGCAGUUGGCUCAAUUCUUCUCAGUGUUCUAUUUCUCUGUUAACGCUGGAAGCCUGGUGUCGACAUUCAUCACACCAAUUCUGAGAGAGGACGUAACGUGCCUCGGACACGACAGCUGCUACUCUCUCGCUUUUGGUAUUCCAGCCAUUCUCAUGAUCGUCGCAACAGUAUUCUUUGUCGCUGGAAAACCAAUGUACAAAAUAAAACCAGCUGAGGGAAAUGUUCUUGCUGAAACAGUAAAAUGUAUUCAUCAUGCUCUUUCUCGGAAGCGGAAACUGAAGCGUGAGAAGAAAGGUGAAAACCGCGAACACUGGCUGUACUACGCGGACGAUAAAUAUGACAAGAAGACAAUCGAUGGCAUAAAGGCUACUCUUGGAGUUCUCUUUCUCUACUUGCCUCUCCCUGUGUUUUGGGCACUCUUCGACCAGCAGGGUUCAACCUGGACAUUUCAAGCUACGAGAAUGAAUGGGGAACUUGGCACAUGGGCAAUAAAACCUGACCAAAUGCAAGUGGUUAAUUCCCUGCUAAUUCUGUGUUUUAUUCCUCUCUUCGAAAUUAUCGUCUAUCCACUGUUCAGUAAAUGCAACUUAUUGAAGAAACCGCUUCAAAGGCUUGGAGUAGGUGGAGUCGUUGGAGCGCUGUCAUUCGUUAUAGCUGCCGUUGUUGAACUGCAGUUGGAGCCGACUUACGCUGUAGUACCAAAGGCUGGUGAAGGCCAGGUAAGGAUUUUCAAUACUCUGGACCAAGCCGUCAACGUUACUACUGGUUAUGGCUCCAGGAAUGUAGCAGCUCACGGCGCCUGGGAAGAACUGCAUUUGGGAGUUCAUGGAGAGAGCAUAUACGACGUCACACUUUCUUAUGGUAGUGAACCGGUUAAUGGCAGUAUUACUGUGUAUGAAAACCAGGCCACAUCAUAUGUAAUUGGACAAGUUGGAGGCGAACUUGAGGGCCCCUUCAGAAACGAUCAAGUAGAGAAGUCACAGGAAGGUGAUCCAAUGCUUCGUUAUGACGUUUAUCUGGACAACAACAAAGUAGACAGCGUGCAGUUAAAGUUUGGAGGCGUUUACAAUUAUGUACUGGUUAAAACAGCAGAAAGUACAAAUCAUCAGUUGUACACAGUGACAUCUCCAAACUCGGUACAUAUGUUAUGGCUGGUCCCACAGUACGUCGUAAUAACAGCCGGGGAAGUUAUGUUCUCCAUUACUGGACUUGAAUUUUCAUAUUCUCAGGCUCCAGCGAGUAUGAAAUCUCUUCUAACAUCCGGUUGGCUGCUCUCAGUUGCUGUUGGAAACUUGAUUGUCAUCAUAAUCGAAGGAGCAAAAAUUUUUGAAAGCCAGGCUAACACGUUCUUCCUGUUUGCUGGCCUGAUGAUUGUAGAUAUGGGAAUAUUUGGAUUAAUGGCGAGAGGGUACAAGUACGUGGAAAAACCACAAGACAACGACAGCGAAGAAGACUUAAAGAGUGAUGAUGUUAACAGCGUCAAACAAGAACAAGGACUCGAGAACCCGAAUUUCAAGCCUGAAGAAUAA